GUCCCACUCUAGCUAGAUGAAUGGCACAUGUGUGCGUCCAGCUGCGCUCCCACCCAGAGAACGUCUCCCAGUUACAACCCCAUCACUCUGUCAGACUAGCAACGACAUGGCAACUGAGGGAGAGCAUAUCAAUAUGGAGCUUGGUAACCCCAGAACAAGAGGAGGAUCUGCCAUAAACAUUAACCAUUAUGCCACCAAGAAGAGCCUGGCAGAGAGCAUGCUGGAUGUGGCACUGUUCAUGGCCAACGCUGCACAACUUAAGGCUGUUUUGGAGCAAGGACCAAGCUUCACUUACUACGCUACCCUUAUCACACUCAUCAGCCUCUCCCUAGCACUGCAGGUCGUAAUCGGAAUCCUACUCAUCAUUAUCGCACGUAGGAACCUGAAUGACAUUUCCAAGCAGCAAAAGCUGAACCUGCUGAAUAAUGUGGCCACGGGACUGGUGUUCAUCACUGUCCUCAUUAACAUCUUCAUCACAGCAUUUGGUGUGCAGAAAACUGGGCUGUACCCUUCAAGGGGGCCACGCGGAAUACAGUAAAAUUAAACAACACUCAGGUCUUUGCUGGUUCCAUAUUCCGAAUUUCUUUGGCAGCUUUGGAUUUGUAAUCACAUACUCUGCAUUUCUUCUUCUGUAACUAACACUGUGAAGCCCCCGAUCAUUUUUUUUAUUGUUAAUAAAACAUUUUAAUGGCAACAAUAAAUAUACUCUAUUUUCAUAUUCCUCUAAUAUAUUGGUUCUUCAAAUAUUAAAUUACCAUAUUUGAUAGAUAAAUAAAUACAUAAAUAUAAAUAAAUAUAAAAAGAUA